UGAUGGGCCCCGGAAUCACUCUCCGUCCCUCGGUAACUGUAAGCUCCUCAUGGCGAGCCGGAGCCGGUGACCGCUGGCGGCGGCGGCGGCGGCGGCGGAGGCGGAGGCGGGAGGCGAGGGUUACUCGGGAUACGGCGGCCCGAGAGGAGAUGGCAGCAGGUUGCAACAGGCGUUCCAUGGUUUCAGGGCUCCACACCCUCCGGGUGACGCCGAGCCGGGGAGUAUCGCCGUCUUGGAGAACCUAGGCCUCCUAUCGCCAAAUCUACGCCCAUCAACGAGACCUAUCAGCUGCGCUGGGAUUACUUCCGAGGGGAAUAAUAGAAAUGGCUGGAGAGACUUGAUGAAGAUGGAUAGGUGGGUGACUGAACCCUUGGGUGAUAGCUGGUUGUUGGCAACUUGGCGUGCAACUUGGUACAUCACUCAUUACAGGGAGAAGCGCAUGCUAGUUGAGAUGGAGGAGCUCCUCUGCUUCUUCACGGUAGAACAUCACUAUCACAGGUAAUUGAACCAAACUGUGUAGCUUGUAGCCUCUCUUAUGGAGGUCGGACCAAGUCACUGGUUAAUUGAGCCUAUCUUUGACUGCUGAUAUCUCAUGGGAUCCUGUUGUGACAUAAUUCAUGUUUCAUGGGGUUCUAUAGUUUUAGCUUUCAUGGCAUUCGAUCCAUAAAAAAUGGACCUACAGUACAAGCGUCAAGUAAAUCACAUGACCAGUGUUUCAGAAAUGCAUAAUUUGUGUUUGAAAAAAGAGAGACAUGAUUUGAAGAAGUUUCAUGGACGUAUCAAGUAGAUUAGAAAGAUUUGCGCGGAGUAUCCGAGUAGGGACAGAGGAGACUCCUGGUUACCAUUCCACGUACAUUUUCUAAAUCCUAUCCUCUAAUAGUAGAGUUUCCAAGGGUUGAUGGGAAUCCAUUCCAAUUGGCCAUCGCCAUCUCUGUCCCAAUCACAUACUGUUCUGCUCUGCUUGAGAGUGAACUCCCUUAUGUUUUUUUGCAAUUUUUCCAUGUGAAAGAUUAUUUCGAUAGCAGUGGCUUCCACUUCCAGAAUUUGGAGGCUUAUCUGGAGCAGUGGCUAGAAGUGAAUGGACUGCAAAUUUGAUAGAUCCUUCUAGACUGCAGCUGGAAAGAUGACCUGCUAGAAGAGGCAGAUUUAAGGCUUGAUGGAUAGAGGAGAGAGGAACCUAGUCCAAAUGAAAACACCUAUAAGUAAGUAGCAGCUGGCCACAAGUACAUGACGACCUACGCACUGCUGCUGCUCCAACUGGCCUGCAUCGUAUUCUGCAAGGGUUUGGUUUGUCACUCACUCCUCAUGAGUUAGUUUCUGCCAGAAAGAGUGAAAAUUUACCAUUGUUGGACUUUUACUGAGGAAUAUAAAUAGCUCUUAUGGUAAAAGGACAUCUAAAUUGUGCUGUCCUUUUUUCAGCUUUGCAUAUAAUAGGAAGGUGAUACACAAUACUCAUAGCGUUGGCAUGAAGCCUAUUGCAAUUGGACAGUCGUUCGUUCUGCUACUGGUUUUUAGUACUGUGAGUGUUGUCAUUUGCUCUGAUGGAAAUGAGACAGAUCGGCUGUCACUGCUUCAGUUCAAACAGGCUAUCAGCCUCGACCCACAGCAUGCCUUGCUCUCCUGGAAUGAUAGCACCCAUUUCUGCAGCUGGGAAGGUGUCUCAUGUAGUUUGAGGUAUCCACGUCGUGUCACUUCCCUUGAUCUAUCUAACAGAGGUUUGGUGGGGCUCAUAUCUCCUUCACUUGGAAACCUGACAUCUCUUGAACACCUCUUCCUGAAUACCAAUCAACUCAGCGGACAAAUCCCUCCGUCACUUGGUCACUUGCAUCACCUUCGAUCACUUUACUUAGCAAACAACACGCUACAAGGCAACAUACCUAGCUUUGCUAAUUGUUCUGCUCUCAAAAUACUUCAUCUAAGCCGCAAUCAGAUUGUUGGACGUAUUCCCAAAAAUGUUCAUUUACCACCAAGUAUUAGUCAACUGAUAGUAAACGAUAAUAACCUUACUGGUACCAUCCCCACUUCACUUGGCGAUGUUGCGACACUAAAUAUACUUAUUGUUUCAUACAAUUAUAUUGAAGGCAGUAUCCCGGAUGAAAUUGGAAAGAUGCCUGUCUUGACAAACUUGUAUGUGGGUGGAAACAAUUUAUCUGGUCGAUUUCCACUAGCUCUCACAAACAUUUCUUCUCUUGUUGAACUGGGACUUGGCUUCAAUUAUUUUCAUGGUGGUCUGCCGCCAAAUCUUGGUACUUCUCUACCCAGGCUUCAGGUGCUUGAAAUAGCUUCUAAUCUCUUUGAAGGACACCUCCCUUAUUCCAUUUCAAAUGCUACUAGUCUUUACACCAUAGACUUUUCAAGCAAUUAUUUCUCUGGGGUGGUGCCAAGUUCCAUCGGUAUGCUUAAGGAGCUUUCCUUGUUGAAUCUUGAGUGGAAUCAGUUUGAGUCGUUCAAUAAUAAAGAUUUGGAGUUCCUGCACAGCCUAAGCAAUUGCACUGACCUUCAAGUGCUGGCACUGUAUGACAAUAAACUGAAGGGACAGAUACCAUAUUCAUUAGGCAACCUUUCUAUCCAGCUUCAGUACCUCUUUCUGGGAAGCAAUCAACUAUCAGGGGGCUUUCCCUCUGGCAUAAGAAACCUUCCCAACCUGAUUUCUCUAGGUUUGAAUGAAAACCAUUUUACCGGGAUAGUUCCAGAAUGGGUUGGCACACUUGCAAAUUUGGAAGGCAUAUACUUAGAUAACAACAAGUUUACAGGUUUUCUUCCAUCAUCCAUAUCCAAUAUAUCAAACCUGGAAGAUCUCCGCCUUUCCACAAAUCUAUUUGGAGGAAAAAUACCUGCAGGCUUGGGAAAACUCCAAGUCCUUCAUCUAAUGGAACUUUCUGAUAACAAUCUCCUUGGCAGCAUACCAGAGAGCAUUUUCAGCAUUCCAACGUUGACACGUUGUAUGCUAUCUUUCAACAAACUAGACGGGGCACUUCCCACUGAAAUUGGCAAUGCCAAGCAACUUGGAUCUCUGCAUCUAUCAGCAAAUAAGCUUACUGGGCAUAUUCCUAGCACCUUGAGUAACUGUGAUAGUUUGGAAGAACUACACUUAGAUCAAAAUUUUCUUAAUGGAAGCAUCCCCACAUCAUUAGGAAAUAUGCAAAGCUUAACAGCAGUCAACCUGUCUUAUAAUGACCUAUCAGGAUCCAUACCAGAUUCUCUUGGUAGAUUGCAAUCUCUUGAGCAACUAGAUUUGUCAUUCAACAAUCUGGUAGGAGAAGUCCCAGGCAUAGGGGUUUUCAAGAAUGCAACUGCCAUACGGUUAAACAGAAAUCAUGGGCUUUGUAAUGGGGCACUGGAGCUGGACCUACCCAGAUGCGCUACUAUAUCUUCUAGUGUUAGUAAGCACAAACCAUCUCAUCUACUCAUGUUUUUUGUCCCAUUUGCCAGUGUGGUUUCACUAGCUAUGGUCACAUGUAUCAUCCUGUUUUGGAGGAAAAAACAGAAAAAAGAAUUUGUCUCGUUACCUUCUUUUGGUAAGAAGUUUCCCAAAGUUUCUUAUAGGGAUCUAGCUAGGGCAACAGAUGGGUUCUCUGCAUCCAAUUUAAUUGGCACCGGAAGAUAUGGUUCAGUAUAUAUGGGGAAGUUAUUUCAUAGUAAAUGUCCAGUUGCUGUGAAAGUCUUCAAUCUUGACAUAAGAGGAACACAGAGGAGCUUUAUAUCAGAAUGUAAUGCUUUAAGAAAUCUUCGGCAUCGCAACAUUGUACGGAUUAUAACAGCUUGCUCAACAGUUGAUUCGAAAGGAAAUGAUUUCAAGGCUUUAAUUUAUGAAUUCAUGCCCAGAGGUGACCUGUAUCAAGUCCUAUAUUCAACCUGUGCUGAUGAAAAUUCUUCAACUAGCCAUUUUGGUUUGGCCCAAAGGGUUAGCAUAGUGAUGGAUAUAGCCAAUGCAUUGGAGUACCUGCACAAUCAUAACAAAGGAAUUAUUGUUCAUUGCGAUCUGAAGCCUAGCAACAUUCUCUUGGAUGAUAAUAUGACUGCUCAUGUUCGUGACUUUGGCCUUUCAAGGUUUGAAAUUUAUUCCAUGACAUCAUCUUUUGGUUGCUCAACUUCUUCAGUUGCAAUCAGUGGAACCAUAGGAUAUGUUGCUCCAGAAUGCGCAGAGAGUGGUCAAGUUUCAACAGCCACAGAUGUUUACAGCUUUGGUGUCGUUCUCCUUGAGAUAUUCAUCCGAAGGAGGCCAACAGAUGACAUGUUUAAUGAUGGACUGAGCAUCGCAAAAUUUGCAGAGUUGAACCUCCCUGAUAGGGUGUUGCAGAUUGUUGAUCCCCAGCUGCAGCAAGAUCUGGAGACUUGCCAAGAAACCCCGAUGGCCAUAAAAAAGAAACUCACAGAUUGCCUGCUUUCAGUCCUAAGUAUUGGUCUUUCUUGUACUAAAUCAUCCCCGAGUGAACGCAACAGCAUGAAGGAGGUGGCUAUAGAGUUGCAUAGAAUUUGGGAUGCAUAUCUCAGAGAAAACUAACACUUUUCCUACUAUCAGUUAUCGAAUUUUUUUUGUGUUAAUCAGGAGGUAUAUACCUCUGAUACUAUGAUGUAUUUAUAUAUAUACCUCUCAAUACCUUUCUAGAACCACGCAAAACCUCUCUUUUACAGUGUUA